AUGUUCUGGGCUGGGGACCGAGGCAAAACCCUGGCGAGAUGGCUGGGCACUGGGCUUUUGGGUCUCUUCCUGCUCCCUGUGUCCUGGCCUUUGGAGGUGUCAGUGGGAAAGGCCACCACCAUCUACGCUAUCAAUGGCUCAGCAAUCCUGCUGCCCUGCACCUUCUCCAGCUGUUUUGGCUUCGAGAAUCUCUACUUCAGGUGGUCCUACAAUAGCACCGAUACAUACAAGAUCCUCAUAGACGGCAUUGUGAAGAACGAGAAGUCUGACCCCAAGGUGAGGACGAAGGACGAUGACCGCAUUACCCUGGAGGGCUCCACUAAGGAGAAAAUGAACAACAUCUCCAUCCUGCUGAGUGACCUGGAGUUCAGUGACACCGGCAAAUACACCUGCUUUGUGAGGAACCCCAAAGAGAAGGACCUGAACAACUCUGCCACCAUCUUCCUCCAAGUGGUUGAUAAGUUGGAAGAAGUGGACAAUACGGUGACCCUCAUCAUCCUGGCUGUGGUGGGCGGGGUCAUUGGACUUCUGGUCUGCAUUCUGCUGCUGAAGAAGCUCAUCACCUUCAUCCUCAAGAAGACCCGAGAAAAAAAGAAGGAGUGUCUUGUGAGUUCCUCUGGGAAUGACAACACAGAGAACGGGCUUCCUGGCUCCAAGGCAGAAGAGAAGCCACCCACAAAAGUGUGA